CGCUCCUCCUGCCACCGCACUCGCCGCCGCCUCGAGCUGGUGCUCAAAUGAGGGCCACGAAGUACAAGAAUGAAGGCACCUGCUACACGUGUUGAUCGAACAUGUGGCCGGUGCGGUAGCACCGUGCCAUUGUCUUCUGCCGAGCCAGUGCUUGUGUUCCUUGGCCUUACAUUUUUCGCCUUGUGCGCUCUUUCAACGACCUCCCGAGCCUUUCACGACCCCAACACACCUCCACUCCUUGCGGCUGGCCGCAUCACAGACUUUCGUUCCCCCACGACGACGUCCAGGCUUUUUCCGCGAGCAAUUUGAGCCACCGGCGCUUCUGUUGCUGCGUUCCCAUCCCCUCCCAUCAUGCUUCCUACUCUGCUCCCCCUCGGUCUCGUCCUGCUCUCCCUGCAGCCCGCUCCAGCGCAGGCCGGCGUACUCCACAAUGUCCACAGCUUCGCGAAGCGGCACACGAAGCAGUUCGCGCGCGAUCUCCGUGUGGCGUUCGGCGGGAUGGUGCUGCCGCGCGACUCAUCGGAGGCGCAGCAUGUGCUGUACUGCAAGGUGUCCAGCGGGAGCUCGUUGACCUCGGACGGCGAUGAUUCGGAUAGCGGGACCUCCCCCAGUGGGAGCGGCCAUCACUCGGGCUCGACUACGAAGACGGGGACCGCGAGCAGCGCUUCGGCGACUGCGACGUCUUCCUACAAUUCUCCAUGGAAACUCAAGACAGAGAAGUCGGGCGACUCAUUCUUCGACGGUUGGGAUUUCUGGUCGACCACUGAUCCUACAAACGGCAAGGUGACUUAUGUGGACGAGGAUACAGCGCGCAAGAACAACCUCAUCUCGGUGAACGACGACGGGAACGUCAUCAUGCGCGUCGACACCACAGAGCAAGUGUCCGAUGGCCGCAUGAGUGUCCGCAUCCACUCUCAAGACGUCUUCACCGGCGGCCUUCUCAUCCUCGAUGCCGUCCACCUCCCCACCGGCUGUGGGUCCUGGCCCGCCUUUUGGACUAACGGCCCCAACUGGCCCACGGGUGGCGAGAUCGACAUCGUCGAGUACGUGCACGACUACACGAACGACCAGGCGACCGUACACACCGCGCCGGGCUGCAGCCUCCCGACCGACAGCGCGAAGGAGCUUAACAUCACCGGAAGCAUCGUCGGCGGCACGAAUUGCGCGGCGGCAGAGACCGGCAACCAGGGCUGCGGCGUGCGCUCCCCUGACAAGCACAGUGCGGGUGCCGCGUUCAACUCCAUCGGCGGUGGAGUGUACACGAUGGUUUGGGACGACGAUGGCAUCGCUGUCUACUUCUUCCGUCGCGACUCGAUUCCCGACGACAUCACUGCAGGCGAGCCGCGGCCUGACCUCUGGGGCACCGCCGCCGCGCGCUGGCCAGCGAGUACAUGCGAUCCGUACAAGUACUUCUACGACAACAUCGCGAUCUUCGACACCACUUUCUGCGGCGACUGGGCGGGCUCCGCAUGGACCACCUCCGGCAUCCUCGGCCAGGACACGUCGUGCGCCGACCGCACGGGCGUCAGCACCUGCGAGGAGUACGUCCUGAACCACGGAUCGUCGUUCAAGGAGACUUACUGGGAGAUCAAGAGCUACAAGCUGUACCAGCAGUCCAAGUAGAGUAGAUAGAGGGUGCGGAGCGCGCUGCCAUCGAAGUGCGCGCAACUCAGAGGAUAUAUAUACCUGGACGUACAUUGUGGAACACACUAGCCAUCCUCACGCGGGCUACGUACAUACGUGGGACCCGUUCUGCGAGCGGCACUAACGACGAGUCAUGAUGCUGUCUAGACGCUAUCGUUUUUAUCUGUAUUUUUGGGCGUAAUAUAAGUUCUGGUGGAUCGAA